UGCGCAGUAUCCCCAUCCCAGACUGCUAUUCAUGUUCCCACCUGUAGAGUGAGAGUCAAAACAAAAAUGUCCUAGAAAGUGUCUCUGUCGUUACAUCCCCACGCUAACCAGUUAAAAACAGUUAGCCGCAGGCUGUGUUGGUAAUACUGACUUUAUUUACAUGAGAACUUUAACAGACGGAAGGUACGCUUAUUCGAUGGACUUUAUUAUGGAGAAUCAAAAGUUCCGCUCUUUCUACUACUUGUUUUGGUCCGUUUUCGUGGCAUAGCUGGGAAGCUAACGCUGUUCCGUUCAUGGUAGUUAGCUUAGCAUUGGUUUCCCCUCCGUAACAAAAAGCACAGCCUCCUCUCAAGCUUGUUUGGACGACAGGAGCUUCACACUUAACCCCCAGGUUUCUUUGAAAUCCAAGACAUUCAAAAAUGUCAAUCCUAGGGUUAAAGAAGAAACAGCCCAAGACUUUCAAAGUCAAAGUUAUCACCAUGGACGCUGAAAUGGAGUUCAGUUGUGAGGUGAAAUGGAAAGGUAAAGACCUAUUUGACUUGGUGUGUCGCACUGUCGGUCUGAGGGAAACCUGGUUCUUUGGACUCCGGUACACAGUAAAGGACACAUAUGCCUGGCUGAAACCAGAGAAACGGGUCUUGGAUCAGGAGGUUCCCAAAGACUCUCCAAUAACAUUUCACUUCCUUGCUAAAUUCUUCCCUGAAAAAGUUGAAGAUGAAUUGGUUCAAGAAAUUACUCAGCAUCUGUUCUUUUUACAGGUGAAAAAACAGAUUUUAGAUGAAGAAAUAUUUUGCUCCCCUGAAGCAUCGGUUCUGCUGGCAUCGUACGCUGUCCAAGCAAAGUAUGGUGAUUAUGACCCCAACUUUCACAAGCCAGGCUUCCUGUCUCAAGAUGAACUCUUGCCAAAAAGGGUUCUGAUGCAAUACCAAAUGACGGCUGACAUGUGGGAGGAGAAGAUCACAGCCUGGUACGCCGAGCACAGAGGCAUCGCCAGGGAUGAGGCGGAGAUGGAAUACCUUAAGAUUGCUCAGGAUCUUGAGAUGUAUGGCGUCAGCUACUUUGCCAUCACACAAAAUAAGAGGGACACUGACCUGUUACUCGGUGUGGAUGCUCAGGGUCUGCACAUUUACAGUCCCAACAGCAAACUCAACCCCAACAAGUCCUUUCCCUGGAGUGACAUACGUAAUAUCUCGUAUAGUGAAAAGGAGUUUACAAUCAAACCCCUGGACAAGAAAAAAGAUGUCUUCAAGUUCUACUCCUCUCAACUGCGCGUCAACAAGCUGAUCCUGCAGUUAUGCAUUGGUAACCACGAUCUAUUCAUGAGGCGAAGGAAGGUGGACUCUAUUGAAGUGCAGCAGAUGAAAGCCCAAGCGAAAGAGGAGAAGGCCCGCAAGAAGAUGGAGCGUCAAAUCCUGGCACGGGAAAAACAGAUGAGGGAGGAAGCAGAACGAGCAAAGGAAGAGAUGGAACGGAGACUUUUCCAGCUGCAGGACGAGGCACGGCUUGCCAACGAGGCUCUGCUGAGGUCUGAGGAGACUGCGGACUUGCUGGCAGAGAAAGCACAGAUUGCAGAGGAGGAGGCCAAACUCCUGGCCCACAAGGCUGCGGACGCUGAGCAGGAGAGACAGCGGUUGGAGGUCACUGCCAUGAAGACCAAGGAGGAGAAGAGGCUGAUGGAGCAGAAGAUGCGAGAGGCAGAGCAGCUGGCUGUCAAACUAGUGGAACAGUCUGAGCGGAGGUUGAAGGAGGCAGAUCACCUGAAGCAGGACCUGACGGAGGCAAAAGAUGCCGAGCGGAGAGCCAAACAGAAGCUGCUGGAGAUCACCAAAACAACAUACCCUCUCAUAGCAGCUUACUCUACUCCACCCGCUCCUCCCGAAGCAGCUGAAUUUGCCUAUGAAUCUACAUCCGCACGCUUGGACUUCAAGGACUCUGACAUGAAAAGGUUGUCCAUGGAAAUCGAGAGAGAGAGGCUGGAAUAUAUGGAGAAGAGUAAACACCUGCAGGAUCAGCUGAAGGAGCUCAAGUCUGAGAUCGAGUCUCUGAAGUUGGAGGAGCAGCAGCAGCAGCAGCAGGCCGGCCUCUACAGUCUCCAAAGUGAGGCGAGGGGAUACGUUCAGGAGCCUGUCUACAUACCUCACAGCAACCGAAACUCUGCGUACAUGUCUCAGAUGGCGUUCUUUGAAGAAGUGUGACGCUCGUCCUGCGAGACGAGGAAGGAGCUAACCAGGCGUCACGAUGCAGUAUUUUUUCUUUUUUAACCUGGCUGAAACUUUAACAGACGGACACCUCCAUACACCAGGUCCUUCUGAAAGUCCACACUAGACCCUCAACAACGGCCGCUUUGCUCCGUUGUUCCACCUUUUUAAAUAUGUCUUCCAUGUAUAAUACACACGACAACAUGUGCCAUUAUUCCGACACUCACUCAGGAUUUGGUGCUGUCGAUGGACGAGUGAGUGAGUGAGGACAAUUUUAUUUUGUGGUUUUAAGGGAUAUGUGACCGUUAGUUGGCCAAAAAAAAAAAAUCAAACCUCCAUACGUUUACACAUCAAUGCCUUAAUAACAUUUUGGGACAGGGAUUAAGUUUUGUUUUGUUUGUUUUCUCUGAAACUUGUUCCUGUAUCAGAUGUAAUUAACUUAAUGAUCCUUCCAGGCUUGGGAGAAUUUGGUCGUGCUCUUUCAAAACAAGCGUUAUACCAUUAUUUAGACGAGAAUACUAAAUACUGUAUACACUAAAGAUCAUUGGUAAUCAGUAAAACGUUCUGAACUUGCUUUUAAGUUGUGAUAAAUUUUGCGAUUGCAGCUCAAACUGAAGUCCGCCGUCGUUCAGAGGCGACGACUCCAUAAACAUUUCAAAUGCAGUGUUGAAUCUUUGUGUUUUUGAAUUUGUGUGUUAUUUUCUGUUACAAAGAUGCACAAGCAGCACACGGAUGCCUUGAUCGUGCUUGUAGUUUAUAAUUAUGAGCUUGAGCGGUGAAAAAAACCCCAAACAUUUCACACUUUCAUAUUUUGUAACCUCCUUGAUGUGCCUUAAAUUUUUAUUUUUUAUGAUAGCGAUUUCAGUGACUAAAGUUGUUUCUGUUCUCUUUUUGUGCUCAUGUGUCGCCGCUUUAGGGUUUGAUUUCACACAUUAACUCAUUCACACGACGAAAGAUAGGUGCAUUUCUCAGGGCUAGUGUUGAAGACAAUCAGUGCAGGUAGACUUCAGUUGGUUUUAGACCGAGAUAAAACCGUAUGGCAUCUAUUUGUUGUUUACCUUUUUUUGUGUGUGUAAGUCCAGCUGUAAUAAUUUGCAUGGCGAAUUUAUUUGCCAGCUGUCGAUGCAUUAAUGUUUUCACAGAUGCAGAGGUGGCUCAUGUAAGUGAACCCUGUACUCGUACUACACUCCUCAUGACGUUCUGUAAAAGGGAGAGAUGACGGCUGCAUGACAAGUGUCCAGCCACAGUAAACGCUCUUGUGUCAAAAUGUCCAAGUGAAAAUGCUGUUUAAUUGUCUGCAAAUGUUGCUUAAGUGCUUUAGUGUGCAUCAUAAAACCUUGAACCUGAAAGAUUUCUCUGGAAGUCUUAACUUCAUGUUUUAGAUCAGAUUCUUAGGAUUCUAUGAUUGGAUUUUCUUGCCAAAUUAGACCUAUUCCCCUGUUGAGUGUUAGACACUCAAUAGGGGAAUAGGUUUAAUUUGCAAGACAUAUAAACAAAGCCCAAAGUUAAUUUGUGUAUCAUUAUCUCUGCAUCUCAUCAGUGAUGUUACAAACAUGUUUCUAUAUUGCAGAUGUUUCUCCUGUCGCUUCCUGAUGUUGAAGGUAAAAUACAGCUUCUCACCUACAGAGUAAACAAACACAUCCUCUUGAAUAUUUUAUGUUAAAUAGGACAUGAGAAAUCCAUCGUCUGUAUUUUUGAAAAUGCGUCCAUAUAUGCAUUCAGCAGGAAUGGCAAUUUAGACAAGGUGCACUUUCUCAAAAUGCAAAAAGAGCAGGAGAUUGUGAGUGUUUCACUGAUUUAGGGAAGGUUAAAAUGAGCCAGUAAUCAAAACAUCCAGCAUUUUUAUUAAUAUUAUAUAUGUCUAAUUAAGUGCACAUUAAAUUAAGACAGCUUUAACAGAGCUGAAUGUCUCAACAACAUUCAUAGGUUAUUUAAAUUUUGAAUUUUACAGAUUUAGAUUUAACUGAAAUUAUCUAAAUUGGAUCAUUUAUUGUGACUGUUGGAAUAUACAGCAGGAGUCGGGUGCACAGUCAGGAUGCAGACUACAGUCAUUCACCUGUUCCAACACAAAGUCAUUUAACCCCACAAUCAUCUAAUCGGUGCCGACGUAUGCAUUUGAGAGAGGUAAUGAAGUUAAAAUAUCCAUUUUACUAAAGGUAAAACUGCGGUAAAAACAUGAAGGUGCUUUAUUGGCUCAUGUUUGGAGGUGUUUGAGUUCGUUGUUCAGGAAUCAUGUGGUGCGUGUUUUUUUUAUGGAUGUGUAUCUUUUUGCCAGAGGUCAAAGGCAAAUUUAGCACCUAAUUGUAUUUUAUAAUAUUUUUAAUGUAUGUAAAAUGUAAUGUGAAAUCUGCACAGGCAGCCGCACUACAUAGUGAUUCACCGCUACGCCUUUUAUUUAUACGUAAACUGUGUUUACACAAGAACAGUUGGAUGUCUGACCUGUGAGGAGCAUUUAACAUGACAAAUGGGACGUGCACAUCACAAAAUAAUGGCAAAUCUAGUCCAGCCCCGACAUCUCGACCGACAUCCUCCUGUGACCACAGGGUGGGAGUGUGUCACAGCACUGUGACAUGAACAUGAACAUGUCAGUGGUGAAACAGGGAGUCAGAUAAUGUUAAUAAUGAUUACAACCAGAGGUUCGGAUAUCUAUUAUCUAUAUACAGAUAUUCUGCUAGAUGUUACGGGGGAGAUUUAAAAAAAAAAAAACCCCAUAGCAUCAUUAUCUUUAAUCAUCCAAUUUUAUUUUGUUUUUCUCCACUUAAACUGAUAAGUCACAAAUGGAUCUGCCAGAGUUCCAGUGCCAUGUUUUUAAAAGUUAAUUAUCACCAUCUGUAAUGUCGCAUAAAACGUGGUUCUUUUUACACUUUUAAACUCUCUUUACGGUUCGAAAACAUAAGCCAUUAUUUGAUCAUAUGCCUUGUAACAGCAGGCAGCAUUUGGACCAGAUGACGGCGCCAGUACAAACCAAAACACAACAGAUGCUGCAAUGACACCAAUCACUGAAACUAAUUUUGUAUUCUUUACACAUUGUUCCCACCCUCCCUCCUCUAAAGUCACACACAAGCUCUGCGAGCACACUCUCUGUCGAACCAGUUUGUCCUGGUGAUUUAAUGAGGCAGGAAGUGGGAUUUGAAAAGCUCCUUUUCUAUUGACAUCUGAAAUGUUUGCAUGUUUGACA